CGCGGGGAGGAGGUGCCGGCUCCCGGCUCGGGCUCCCGGCUUCGGCUCGGCGGCGCGGCCCCGGCAGGCAGCGAGGCCGGGCGGGCCGCGGCGCCCCGCGCCCCUGCCGCCAGGCCCGCCAUGCAGGGCCCAUUCGGGAACGCGAGCCGCGGGCUGCCGGGCGGGCCGCCCUCCACGGCGGCGGCCGGGGCGGGCCGCUGCGAGAGCGGCGCACUCAUGCACAGUUUCGGCAUCUUCCUGCAGGGGCUGCUCGGCGUCGUGGCCUUCAGCACGUUGAUGCUCAAACGCUUCCGAGAACCAAAGCACGAGAGGCGGCCAUGGAGGAUAUGGUUUUUAGACACUUCGAAACAAGCCAUAGGCAUGCUCUUCAUCCACUUUGCAAACGUGUACCUAGCAGAUCUCACGGAAGAGGACCCUUGUUCACUGUACCUCAUCAACUUUCUCCUGGACGCCACCGUGGGCAUGCUGCUCAUCUACGCCGGGGUGCGCGCCGUCAGCGUCUUGGUGGAGUGGCAGCAGUGGGAGUCCCUGCGCUUCGGCGAAUAUGGAGACCCUCUGCAGUGCGGAGCUUGGGCCGGGCAGUGCGCGCUCUACAUCGUGAUCAUGAUCUUUGAGAAGUCCGUCGUCUUCAUCGUCCUCCUAAUCCUGCAGUGGAAAAAGGUGGCCCUACUGAACCCCAUUGAAAACCCAGACCUGAAACUGGCCAUCGUCAUGCUGAUCGUCCCCUUCUUUGUCAACGCGCUGAUGUUCUGGGUGGUGGACAACUUCCUCAUGAGGAAGGGGAAGACGAAAGCUAAGCUGGAAGAAAGGGGAUGCAGCCAGGACUCGAGGAACGGGAGCAAGGUCCGCUACCGAAGGGCCGCGUCCCACGAGGAGCCCGAGGCCGAGGUCCUGAUCUCGGCUGACGACGAGAUGGAGGAGUCGGACGUGGAGGAGGACCUUUGCAGACUGACACCCCUCAAGCCCGGGAAGAAGAAGAAGCACCGCUUCGGGCUGCCCGUAUGACACAUGCCCGGGCUGGGGCGACAGGCUGAUUGGAGCAACCUGUGUCCUGCACCUUCCUGGAGCUCAUGGUCAGGACUUGGCUUUUCGCUGGCGUCUCGCACUCCUGGUGUUCCCAGCUGGGACGAGGGCGGAGAGCAGGUGGCGGAAGCUGCGCUCCGUCAGUCUCAGGUGGGCUCUCCAGGCAGUGGUGGCAGGGAGAGGUAGCGAGUGAGUGGUGGGUUUCCCCUUCUGAUUUUCACUGAGGGCUUUGGCCUGCGCCGUGGCUGUGUGUGGCUAAGCAGCAUGUGGGGGUCUGACAGAGCGUCUGGGUGGCGAGGCCUUACCCUGCUCCUCUGCGGGUGUGCGCACGCACAUGUGCACACACGCACACACACACAGUCUGUGCCCUGCCCCCAGCCCAGUUGUACCGCCCACAGCUGUCUGUGAGUGCGACCCCAAGAGCAGGUGCAGUCUGUGGUCAGCGCUUCCUCUCUAACCCCGGAUGAGUUCCUCCCCGCCUGCCCAAGGUGCCUUACAGGGUGGCCGGCAGCACCGUGCUUCAGAGACGCUGGGACGCCACCUGGACAUUGUGCUUUGUCGGUCUGAUUUGUUGAAAUCUGGACGCUAGGCGAACCCCCCACGAUGGGAACUUGCAAGUUAGAGUCACGAACGACUUUGUUGUCACCGUGGAAAUACGCUGUUGAGGCCGAGCUGUCACAUGUGAGUGGAAGAGACGGUUGUCUGCUGGCAGUGGCACUUGGGCAGUGGCGCACAGCUUCCUGAAGGUGUACAAGGUGAGGGCUGUGGCCACUCGGGUAGCCCUGGGACCUGCUUGAACCUGCGCCCUCCCUGGCAGCGCAGUCACGGGUUAUGUCACUGCCACGCCUCUUUGUUCAGGGAAGUAUGGGAAGGCUCGGGUGUGAGCGGUAGCUCCCCUUCGGCCGUGAGGGCCCAUGGGCAGCAGCCCCGCACGCUGCAGUCCACUGGCCUUUUUGCAACUGGGCCAGGCCACGCCGCUCUGGGAGCUUCCUGCCCGUCACCUCUGAAGCACAGGGCUGGCUUCUAGAAGUUUCCCACACUUGCAGCCAAGCGCACUGAGCUGUUUUCCCCAUGAAGGGCUUGGCUGUCAGCGAGGGACUUCCCUGGCCUGCCGUGAGCACCGGGAGCUCCUGGGUUGGUCGGUUGGUUGGAAAUCUGAUUUUUCUUCUCACGAAGUGUGUUAGAAGUCAGACCUGUGUGAGUGGAGCCGUGGCCCUGCGGGCCGUCCUCCCGGCAGGGGUGGGUGUGAGAUUCGCAGAGCACGUCCUUGAGACAAAAGGGAAGCUGAUGUACUUACAUUGUAAAAUGGUUUACAAUAAAGUUUGACGUCUUAUUACAGUUUUUAAAAAAACUA